UGGCCAAGUUGUCGACACACAAGGAAUACGGUUCUGUUGCUGACUGAAACCUGGUGAAGUGGUUCCUUUUAAAUGGCAAUUUAAAUAUUUAAAUACGUGUGAACACGGGUCUGUUUGAACACGGACACACCCACCGCCCCACAGUGGACUUUCGCAUGACUGCCUGCCUUCUGAGUAUAGUACAGGGGCUUGUUCAGAUCCUCCUCCAACACUCUGCGUUUUAGCUUCAGCUGAUAAAAUCCGCGCCUGUGCAUCAGACUCUAACUAGACACUCACAGGGUUUCUGGUGCUUUCCUGAUGCUACAAAGCUAACUUACACAUCGGACGCCUGAACACGAGCCACCACACUCUUAACUUCUCGAGUAGUCCGUUAUAUAGCUAAAUCUUUUUUUCACUAAGAUUUAAACACAUUUCGUAUCUCAGUGAACUACUUAGAUAACUAACUUUAGUCACCAUGAGAAGAUCUUGUGCUAUUUACGCUACGGGGAUUGUGUGUGCUCAUCUGCUCAUAGUGGGAAUCGCCCUGAUGGUGGCUCAAGUCUUCCAAACAAUGAUUCAGGAGAGGAUAAAAAAGGAAAUCACACUGGCUGAGAAGAGUCGAGUACUGGCUGGCUGGAUAAACCCUCCACCCCCUGUUUACAUGCAGUAUUUCUUCUUCAAUGUUACUAACCCUCAAGAGUUCUUGGCUGGCAAGGCAAAGCCUCGUGUCACACAAAUGGGACCUUAUACAUAUAGGGAAUACAGACCAAGAGAGAAUGUGACAUUCUUGGAAAAUGGAACCAAGGUCUUUGCCACGAAUCCCAAGAGUUUUGUCUUUCUUCCGGAAAUGUCUGUCGGAGACCCCGAGGUGGACCUCUUGACGACUCCCAACAUCCCAUUCAUCGCUGUCAUGAACGAAAUGCAUUCCUAUUCUUUUUACAUCCGCCCACUGAUCUCUAUAUGGAUAAAAUCUCUGGGUGUUGACCUGUUCAUGACACGCACUGUCCACGAGUUUCUGUGGGGUUUCAAGGAUCCUCUGAUGAGCAAACUUCAUUCCCUGAAGCCUGAAGUGGAUGAAUACUUUGGCCUCAUGUACAAGAAAAAUGGAACCCAUGAAGGCGAAUUUGUCUUCCACACCGGAGCACAGAACUACAUGGACUACGGCAAGAUCGACACCUGGAACGGAAUAAGACAGAUGACCUGGUGGUCAUCAGAUCAGAGCAACAUGAUUAACGGCACCGACGGUAGCGUGUUCCACACCUUCCUUUCCAGAGACGAGCUGCUCUACAUCUUUGCUGCGGAUCUCUGCAGGUCGAUUCAUCUGGGAUACGUGACUGAUACAGAGGUGAAGGGAAUUCCAGCAUUUCGCUUUGCUCCUCCCGCCGAUGUCCUAGCUGCUCCAGAUGAGAAUCCUGCUAACUCUGGCUUCUGUGUGCCUGCUGGAGACUGCCUGAGUAAAGGAGUGCUUAAAGUCAGUGUGUGUCGCGAAGGUGCACCCAUAGUAGUUUCCUUCCCACAUUUCUACCAAGCUGAUGAGAAGUACAUCAGUGCCAUUGAUGGGAUGAAUCCAAACAAGGAAGAGCAUGAAACAUACCUCGACCUUAACCCGACGACUGGGGUCCCUAUUCGUGCCUGUAAGAGAGCCCAGCUCAAUAUUAUAAUGAAGAGGGUUCCUGGCUUUCCCCAAACACGUCACCUGAACGAAACCAUCUUCCCCAUUAUGUAUGUCAAUGAGACGGCAACCAUCGAUGACGACUCAGCCUCCCAAAUGAAAACUCUGCUGCUGAUCAUAAAGUUUGUGUCCAACUUCCCCGUCAUCAUUGUGGGAGUGGGCGCCUUAUUACUGGUCAUCUUCAUCUUCUUGCUGUGUAGGAACCGUCAAAGAAAGAAUGAAGUAAAACGUAUUGAUUUUACCGAAGCUUUUCAUUCUUUUGCUACGGCGAAAGACGAUACGGCCUACACUCCAGUCAGCAACAAAUCAGACGAUUCGCCCGAAUCGCACAGCAACCAGCCUACGAAGAACGGCUCCUACAUCGCCAUGUCUCCAGUGGAGGCCCACAAGUGUUGAUAAAGAUCACUCUGUGGUGUUCCCGCUGAGGGGAUCCACUCGUGUGACUUUCUUUUCCCCUCUUUUCACCUUUUGAUUCUUCCCACUGUGCAGCGUGUUGAGGCAGGCCAGCUCCUAGGAACACUGUCGAACAAGACGCAACUUCUUUCCGUGGGCGUCUUGCUGGACCACAUCUCCUCUGCUGACAUUCUUUUUUGCUGUUGACGCAUGGCCUUCUCAAACUGCCAUAUUUUCUGACACAACAAAAGUCUUACUUGUUCAAAACAGUUUAUCUAGUCAUUUCCUCCAGGUCUACCGACCCUCGACACUAUUUUUGUUGACUAGACACAAAGUGAAUAAACUGAAAACACCUGCUAGCCUUUGAAGACCGUAUGCCCACGUGCAUGCUCACAAGUCUGUGGCUCCUGUUUAACCCUGUUGAACGUAGGGCUGUGAACAAAGUCAGAGCUUUCUGUGUGUGUGUGUGUGUGAACACCUCCAGGCUGCUAGCAGGAGCCAUCUUGAACACCACAGUGUUUACGCAUGGGCAAGUGUUUGAUCAACCUUUAUUGCCACACUACUAUAUUGAAGCCUGUGUAGCCAGAUGUCAUCUUAACACUUUAUUUGCCAUGUCUUAACAUUUCAUAAAAUUUAAGCCAAACGUUAUCAUUUGUCAGUUGAGUGCAGUCAUGGUCGUAGGCGUGAUUGUGUGCGUGCGUGUCGGGGGAUUUGUAUGUAUGUGAAGAAAGGCAGGCAUGUUGAUGCUUGCAUAUGUGUUAAUCUCUCUGCUGUGAGCUGAUUUCUAAAGAGCAUCAUGCUCUCUUAAGCAUUCUACAGUGCCACGCAAUGGUCCACUAGAUUUCAGAGGUCCUUUCAAUACCUGGCAAAAUGUCAUUCUCUGAAUUAAAUGCCCACAGGGUAGCAGAACUGGUCCUUUCGCUCACUCCUCCAGCCUAUGACUAUUUCAGUGGAGGGUCUCUUCGUCGAGCUGUGAAAAUGAGCUUUCGUUCCUCUUUUCUGACAGGAAAGAAAAGCAAGCUCACAAAUCGCACAAGUGAGACUUGAACCUGCUCUCUGCCUUACACAUGUGAGUUUGCUGUGUGAAAGGGCUUUGUAACGUAGUAGCAUGAGACCACCUUUGAUCAAACCCAGUCAGUAGUCAAAACAUCUGCAAGGCUUCACCCAAGCGCUUGUUUCCUGUUUCAAGCGUCUAAUUUCCAACUCAGAAUGCACAACUAGAUCGACUUGCUAUCCUCAGGCACUUGUUUACAGCCUUUUAUCUCUAGUGACUUCGAGGGCUGACAAGUGAAACUCAGCAUUCGUGGGAAAUGCUGUACGGUGUGUGUUACUUCAGUUAAACUCUGAGGCAAUGGGUGAAACCUGACCCAUGAUGCAUCUGGCUAUGUCCUGUUUGUUGCUGACAAUUCUGGCCAUGAUGUUUAAAAAUGAAGCAUUUCAGAUGUGAGAAAAUGCCAUAAAAAGUCGACUUGGCAAAGGAAAAAAGUGCACUUUUUCUUGAUUUAAAAAAAAAAGGUCCUGCACAUUUUAUGUAUUUCAGUGCAGUGGUCCUCACUUACAUUUCAGAUGUGUUCUCAAAUGUCUGUGGAUCUGUGCUUUUAUUUUCUAUAUAGCUUCACAUGCCGCAUAUCACAUGCAUUUAUAUUAACUCUGAUCAGUAUAAAAGCGUGCCAAGUUUUUUUUUCUUGGUGCCCUCUGGAAAAAAUUGUGAAAUAUCUAUUCAUAAGCUCAGAUUUAGAAAUGUUAAUUUCUACAAUGUUUCUGUUAUUUGUUACAAGGCAUAUCGUGUUUCAUUCAAUGUUGUGUUAAACUGUUUAGAUUUGUGUUGUAGAUUUCUUUUUCUUCCCCCUUUUUCAAUUCAAACUGGAAAAGAUCUGUCAUUGUGUAUACUGAGUGUUCGCACUAUGGCUAGUAACUGGAACAUUUAGGUGAACACCUAUGGCCUUCUUGGUAUGCUUUUAUAGAUAGACGUACACCAAUUUCUAACAAUGGCCUUUUAUAAAUGUACAGUAUACAGAGCUGUGGACGAGUCUUCUGUCCCUCAUUAACCUGAAGUGGAACGUUCCACUUGUCCUGACUUGAAUUCUUUCAGCUCUCUGACCUGAGCCGUUUCCACAUGCUACUGACUUUUGAGCCCAAACCUUCUCAUUGCUUCACUCAGCUGUACACUGACCAAAGAUAACCAUAUAGAUAGAUGUGUCCCUACCAUUUGUUUGCUUUCACAGAUACAGCUGUAGUGCCAUCACUCUGCUAAUUUACAACACUCAAGGGCAAAAGGCAAAAGGAAAAAGUCAACAAAGAAGGGAGAUUUCUACAGCGUUUGUAACAGCUCUCAGCGCUGCGAACACAAAACUCAGUAUUAUGUAUUGACACAGCAAUACAUUGUGUAAAGAAGAUUUUGUAUCCAAACACAUUUCUGUAUCAUGUCAAAUGAUAUGUUAAUUAUCAGGAUAGUUUUGUAUAGUAUUAAUACUUUGUAUAGUAUUAAUUGUUUUGGUUCUUUCUCUUUUCUCACCUAGGUUUUUUCCUUAUUUUUAUUAUUUUUUUGUCCCUCCACACAGAUUUAUAAUGUGGCUCUGAGUGUCAUCCCACAGUUGUGAUAUAACGGUGUGUAUAUGAUGUGCACGUUCAGUGGCAGUGAUUUAAGAAAGGCUUGUGUGUGUGUUUUUUCCUUUGGGGUGGGAUUUCCAGAGUAAUGACCUCCAGUGCCACAAGUUUCUUAAGAAGCUACUGCGCUGUUUUGUCUGAUGUGGAGUGCCAUAGGAAGGCUGAUGGUCUGUAGUAUAAAGGGGGAUCGAACUAGAGAAUUGAACCUUUUAAUUUUUGUCCCUUAGAUGAAUGACGCCCUCCUUAUGAAUGAGACUCUUAUGAGUGCCAUUACAUCCAUGUUUAAUGAGUUUUAGGAGUUUGCUAAAACUGCGUAGCAGAGUACUAUUUUUUAUUUUUAUUUUUGUCUCCUGCAUUUCACUUCACCUUCCCCAAUGUGAUGAAGGAUGAUUUUGAUUAUUUCAUGAUAUUUGCUGCUGAACCAGACAAUCCCCACAUCAUGGUAGGUGCAACAUUGAUUUGAAAAGAAUAUUCCAUUUUAGUUUGAAAAUGUUCACUGCACAAAUGUUUCUGCAAUACCUUUUGUAAAGAUUUUUAGUGUCCUUUGCAUAAAAUAAAGGUGCAUUUACUGCAAAA